AUGUCGCAGAAGGCAAUAACGAACAACAAUAAAGAAGAAUCAGGAAAGCUAGAAUGGAGAAUCACAGUACCUCAUAAGCCAUCAGCACAGGUAGCAGAGCCAGAAUUGACUGAUAAGCUAAGCUCGAGUAUACAAUCAUCGUCGAGAUUCCUGAAAAAUGCAUGGAAAAUGGGGGCCGACGAUCCUCGAAAACUCGUUCACUGCAUCAAGGUUGGCGUCGCCCUCACCCUUGUCUCCAUCUUCUACUAUUCAAGGCCAUUGUACCAAGGUGUUGGAGGAACUGCCAUGUGGGCAAUCAUGACCAUCGUUGUCAUCUUUGAAUUCACAGUUGGAGGCACACUCUACAAAGGGUUGAACAGAGUAAUGGCGACUCUUAGUGCAGGAAUGGUUGCAAUAGGCAUCCACUGGCUCGCAAGCAAAUCAACCAAAACAUCCGAGCAUAUAAUCGUCGGCGCCUCGGCCUUCAUUAUUUCUUCAGUAGCAACCUUUGUUCGUUUUGUUCCUGCCGUAAAAGCUCGGUUCGAUUACGGCAUGUUGAUCUUUAUCCUAACCUUCAACUUCAUUGCCGUGUCUGGCUACCGUGUUGAAAGACUGCUCGAACUGGCACAGGAACGGCUGGCAACUGUAGCCAUUGGAAUCUCAAUCUGUCUUCUGGUCUGCAUUUUGGUUUGUCCGGUUUGGGCUGGGGAGGAGCUUCACCAGCUCAUGAUACAAAACAUGAGAAAACUUGCUGAUUCAUUAGAGGAAAGUGUGGCAGAGUACUUCAGGGAAGGUGACAAGGGGAAUGGCAAUGAAGUUUCUAUGCAGAAUUCUAGAGGGUACAAAUGUGUUCUUAACUCAAAGGCAACUGAAGAAACACUGGCAAACUUAGCUAAAUGGGAACCAGUGCAUGGCAGAUUUAGCUACCAGUACCCAUGGGGCCAAUACCUAAGAGUUGGCACAGCAAUGCGCCACUGCGCUUACUGCAUAGAGACACUAAAUGCUUGUAUUAUUUCAGAAAACCAGAAUCAACAGCUAGCACCGGAUCAUUUAAAGAAGCAUAUAAGCCAUGCCUGCCUAAAGCUAGGAUUGGAAUCCUCUAAUGUUUUAAGAGAACUGGCUAGCUCCAUUGAGUCCAUGAAGAGGUCUGCCAACAUUGAGGUUCUGAUAGAACAGAUGAAUGAUGCUGCGGAGAAGAUGCAAAGUAUCUUAAGUACUCCCCCGCCGGAAGAUGUGGAGCCAAAAGCAGCUGUAUCAACUGUUCCGCUCAUGGAAGUGAUGACGGAAAUCACGGUGGCCUCGUUGCUCAAUGAAAUAGCAUUGAGAAUUGAAGGAGUUGCGGACAUGGUUGAGGACUUGGCAGAGAUGGCAUCGUUCCAGUCAUUUGAAGAUGAACGGCGAACCAAUAAGCUUACUGCUGGAUUGAACGGGCAGGAAAGCGACAUUCUACGAGUUUAAGUUUGUAGAGUUUUGUGCGAAAUGAAUUGUUUGGUGACUCAGUGAUGAUUCUGUAUGCAGUAUGUUUCUCAACAUUCAUUUUGGUGAAGAGUUAUAUGUACAAUACAUGGUUUGGUUGGUUGUUAUAUCUGUUUCAAAUUAAGAUAGAUCUUGUUGCUCUAUGCUAUUUCCUAUAAGCUAGUGAUACAAAUGUGACGAUUUAUGGUAGAAAUCCAAAAAUAUUUGUGCUGAAAUGAU